AUGCCACGAGACCCCGAACUCCAGCUCUCACAGUGUUCUCUAGCGCCUCCGGCAGAGAUCUCUGGUCCAGUUAGUCCCACUCGGCGUACAAGUCUCUCUGCUUCUCCAGAUAUAAGUGUAAGAGCCGAAAGCCACACCUCGCGUUCUGAGAGAGGAAAGUUCUUUUCCCCUCCGUCACUAUCAUCAUCAGAUAUGACUCCUCCCCCAUCGUCGCAGAUCACUGGAGCCCCUCUUCGACAAUCAAGGUCCCGAUCUAAUUCAUACCUUGCAUCUCCGCCUGAUAUCGAGAAGACGCUAUGUGUCGCUUAUGGAGCUUCCGAGAACCUCCCCACUACUGAGGAAAUUGAUACUGCUGACGAAUCCAAACUUCGUGCGAUCGCCAAAGAGCUACUAAGCGUAGCUCAAGAGGCUCGUAUGUCAGCGCUGCACUUCAAGUUGCAGAAUAGUCUACUAUCAUUCACAAGCAACGAGGCCAUUAAGCGUGCCGAGGUUGAGCAUAAAUUGGCUAGAAGAGAAGUCGAGAUUAUCCAGAGCUCUGAAUAUCGCCGUCGUCAUUCAGAAAAUAAGCCGCCACAAAAAAUUGCCAAUGUGGAAUUAGAACUUGCUCACAAACGUAAUCAAGAACUGGAGAGGGUCAAUGCUACACUUGACCGGCGGCUUCGCCGAGCGAAGAAACUUAUCGACCAGGAGAAAGUGAAGUCCGAUCGACUCGGGGAAGAGAAUUCUUUGUUGAAAGGCCGUAUCAGAGAUAACAGAAAACAUCUUUCCUUGAUGAUUGAGCAUGGUUCAUUAUCUCCCAGUCCACAAACCGAGAUCCAGACUCCCCAUAGAAAGUCUGUUCCUCACUUUGCCGAUAAUAGCCACCAUAUGGCCAGCGAUGAAAACCAUAAUCCUUUCGCUGCUCUUCUGGCGGCGGACCGUGUUCUGAACAGAGAGUCUCCAAGUGCGAUGUCCACAUCAAAUCAGAAUGGCGCACAGCAACAGUUUGGCAAUCACCAUGUGCGUAGUGCACAUACACUGCCUUCUCUUCCUAUGACGCCGUCUCGGUCUCGGAUAGCUCAACAAGAAAGUCAAUACUUCACUCUAAACAAAGAUUCUCAACCCCAGCGUCGGGAUAGAGACAGCACUAUAUCAGCAUCCGACACCGAGGAGGCCGAAAGUGAAGACGACGGUCCUUCUCACGCUGAUUUAGUGACAACAAAUAUGUUUCGCCAUAGUCGUUCAGACCAUCAGAAUGUUACGAGAGUGGCAAACGCCCCUAAAUCGAGCACUUUACUUCAAACAACACUCUUUGGUCAGAUUAGAAAAGCAGGAGUCGAGCGUCCCUCCAGCAGUCUCAAACGCAAGGCGAGUUUUGAUAGUGUGACCUCGAAGAAAUCGAAAGCGGAGGAACGAGUGGGUCUCGGUAUUGACACAUGGAACAAUAACAGCCGUUCCUAA